AUGCAGACAGCCGUCCUGAGGGGCCUCCUGGACGGCGUCACACGGAGGAGCAUCGGCGCGCUCACUCAUCGAUUCAAUGGCGCUCGACCAUCCGUACUCUUGAAUACGGCGAUACGGCGGUCAUUCCACUCUCCCCGUCAACGACCCGCGACCCAAUGUCUCCGUCUCCGGUGCUCUGCUGCCAGACCGUCUCUCACCGCCGCGAUAUGUGUCCGUCAUAAGUCAGAUGGGCCCAGCAAGGUCCAGCGACGGCCAGCCUUGAGGAUUCUGUAUCAUGUUUUCGCGUACUGUGGCUUUUUCAUCAUUAGCUGCGGUGUUUUUGUUCUUGCCUUCUUUAUCUACGAUGCCUCCACAUAUCGCGAAGAUCCCAGCACAGAAGAUAUUCCCGUGUCGGAGUUGGCGCUGAACCCCAGGAGAGGCGGACCUAAGAACCUGCCCAUCGCAGAAGUUCUGGUGGAUGAUGAGGAUUCUGAGGCCCAUCAAGCGUUGAAAGACAAGCCUAAAUUGGUCAUCCUUGGCACUGGAUGGGGUAGUACCGCUUUGCUGAAAACUCUUAAUCCUGGUGACUAUCAUGUUACCGUCGUGUCCCCUGUAAACUACUUUCUGUUUACGCCAAUGUUGCCCUCCGCCACCGUCGGCACUUUGGGGCUGAAAUCGCUGGUUGAGCCUGCCCGGCGGAUUGUACAGCGUGUAGGGGGUCACUUCCUGAAGGCUCAAGCAGAAGACGUGGAUUUUUCUUCCAAGUUGGUUGAGGUCUCUCAAGUUGAUGCCAACGGGGAAAGGCAACAUUUCUAUCUGCCGUAUGACAAGCUGGUUAUCGCCGUCGUCGACCAUGCCAGGGAGAUCAAGAAUAAGGUCACCGAGAACAUGGAACUUGCGUGCCUGCCCACUACGUCCGACGAGGAACGCAAGCGACUGCUCUCCUUCGUCAUUUGCGGCGGUGGUCCAACAGGAGUUGAGUUUGCAGCGGAGCUCUACGACCUGUUGAAUGAAGAUCUGUUGAAGUCUUUCCCUAAGAUCCUGAGGAACGAGAUUUCCGUCCAUCUUAUCCAGAGCCGGAGCCACAUUCUCAAUACCUAUGACGAAGCUCUUUCCAGAUACGCCGAGGCUCGUUUUGCGCAUGAAUCGGUCGAAGUUUUGACCAACGCCCGGGUCAAGGAGGUCCAGCCCGACAAGAUAUUGUUCACGCAGAUGGAAGAUGGCAAGCUCGUGACGAAGGAGCUCCCAAUGGGUUUCUGUCUGUGGUCAACCGGAGUUGCUCAAACCGAAUUUGCUAAGAGGCUUGCGAAGAAGCUCGCGGGGCAGAACAACAAACAUGCUCUCGAAACCGAUACCCACCUGCGUCUGAUCGGAGCGCCGCUGGGUGAUGUCUAUGCUAUUGGCGACUGCGCCACUGUCCAAAACAACAUAGCUGAUCAUCUUGUCACGUUCCUUCGUACGAUCGCAUGGGAGAAAGGAAAAGAUCCGGAAAAAGUCCAUCUCACAUUCAAGGAAUGGCGAGAAGUGGCCCAACGGGUGCGGAAGCGUUUCCCUCAGGCCGCUAAUCACCUGCGGCGGUUAGACCGGCUGUUUGAGCAGUAUGAUAAGGAUCAUUCCGGCACCCUUGACUUUGGCGAGCUUCACGAGCUGCUGGUUCAGAUCGACUCCAAACUCACCUCCCUACCGGCCACCGCUCAGCGAGCGAACCAGCAGGGCCAAUACCUCGGACGCAAAUUCAACAAGAUCGCAGAGGCCCUCCCAGGCAUGAGGGCCAACGAGAUCGACUACGGUGAUCUCGACGAGGCUGUCUACGAUGCCUUCAAAUACAGGCACCUGGGCAGCCUGGCCUACGUCGGGAACGCCGCCAUUUUUGACUUCCCCGGUCUGAACUUCAGCGGCGGGCUGUUGGCCGUCUACCUCUGGCGCAGCAUCUAUUUCUCUCAGAGCGUCAGCCUGCGGACCCGAAUCCUGCUUGCCAUGGAUUGGACAAAGAGGGCGUUGUUUGGCAGAGGUAUGAUGAUCGCUCAAUCCAUUCUAGUCUGA